GUUCAUACUUUCAUGUCAAUAACCAUGAACAUAUGAACAUUUAUUAUUCCCCUAAAAAAAACUAUGAAUCUCUAUAAAUGUCCAUUAUUUUGACAGGGCUCUGAUGUGCACGCGUUUCUCAAGUUUCGUUUGCGCAUAGUUGUAGCAACUACAACUAUUUUUUUGAGAGGAGUUGUAGCAACUUGUAAAGUGCGCGCAAUACAAAUCGUGAAGGAGUAGAUUAAUGGAAGGAACAAGCAGCAAUAUUUCAGGGAAUGCAAUAGUUUUUGAACCACUGACGAAAGACAACUAUGAUUACUGGAGCUGUCUGGUGAGAAAUUAUCUAUUAGGGCAAGAUCUGUGGGGGUUUGUGACUUCUAUUUCUGAGAGCACUGGUCCACGAUCUAGACGAGAAACUGAGGUCUGGAACAGGAGGAAUGGGAAAGCUUUGCAUAUCAUUCAACUAGCAUGUGGACCAGAGAAUAUUAAUCUUAUUAAGGAUCUUCAAUCCGCUAGAGAAGCUUGGAAUGAAUUGAGUACACAUUAUAGCUCAGAUUUAUCAGCUGAUCCAGAUAUUGAGCAAGGUGUGGUGGACGAUAGUCUCCUUAAAAAUAAAUCGCUACACAUGUUUAUUGAGAGUGGCGCGUGGAAAGAUGCAAAAUUAUUUAUGACUGAUAGUAAUAAUGAUAUGGCAAUAUUUUCGACGUCCUCCAUGGGGAGGACCGUUCUACAUGUCGCAGUGAUUGCUGGGAGGGAGGGCAUUGUAAAGAAGUUGGUGAAGAGAGGGAAAUACGAGUUAAUGAAAAUGAAAGACAAUCGUGGAUACACAGCCCUUGCUCUUGCUGCUGAGCUUACUGGAAACACCAAUAUAGCAAAGUGUAUGGUAGAAAAGAAGCGAGGGAAAUCAUCACUACAUGGAUCAGAGCCUGUUAUCGACCAUGACUUGUUAUUUCUGAAGACCAAUGAUGAUGAAAUCCCUCUUCUUCUUGCUGCUGCUAAGGGACACAAAGAAUUGACAAGCUAUCUAUACGAUAGUACUAAAUUGGAUGACAAGAAUGACAAAAGUUUCGACAAUCGUGUUUUGCUUCUUACACGAUGUAUCACUGCAGAAAUAUUUGGUGUGGCUUUGAGUUUACUCCAAGAAUUCCCGGAAAUGCCUAUUGCCCACAAAUCCAAAUCCAGAUCAGAUGGCGUACAACCAUUAUAUGCAUUGGCUCGCAUGCCUUCUGUGUUUCGAAGAGGCAACAAAUAUGGAUUCAUACGAAAAUUCCUUUACAAAAUCUUGAUAUUGCCAGAAAAGCAUAACUUAAAUGGGAUAAUUGUGAAUCUAGCAAAUGUUAUUGAAAAGGAAAAACAACACAAAACUUCUUUCACAGGUCGAUUACGCGUGCUUAUUCAUGUAUCAUUUCAGAAUUCAGUAUUAUUAAAGUUGUCCGGAAUAAGGGAAAUAUACGAACAGAAAGUUACCCACUGUGUAGUUCAUAAAAUACUGAGUUGCUUGUGCAAAAAAAUUCCGGUUUUAAACGAAUCUGAUUUGAGGGAGGCUUCUGCUUACGAUGCAAUGUUGCAAGCAGCAAAGCAUGGAAAUAUUGAGUUCAUAGAUGCAAUGAGAAAAGUUAACCCUGACCUCUUAUGGACUAUUGAUAAAAAUAAAAGAGGCGUAUUUUCGCAUGCAGUUUUGAACCGUAGAAAAGCUGUUUUCAAACUCAUACAUGAUGGAACUGUAAAUGGACGGAAGGAGAUAGUUAAAUGUCGUGUAGACGCUUUUGGCAAUACCAUGUUGCACUUGGCAGGAUUUUUAGGGCCUUCCUCUGACCUUGAUCGUAGAUCUGGUCCUGCUAUGCAGAUGCAAAGAGAGAUUAUGUGGUUCAAGGCAGUGGAGAAAAUUGUGCAUCCCAAGUGUAAGGAAGCAAAAAAUUCAGACGAUAAGAAGCCUCGAGAACUAUUUACAGAAAGCCACAAGGAGCUGGUGAAAGCUGGAGAGAAAUGGGCAAAAGAUACAGCUGGUUCAUUUACACUUGUUGCUACACUCAUCACAACCAUCAUGUUCGCUGCAGCUUUCACUGUCCCUGGUGGAAACAAUCAAGACAGUGGAAUUCCCCUCUUCUUGCAUGACAAUACAUUUAAUGUGUUUAUAAUAGCAGAUGCAAUAUCUCUUUUCACUUCUUCAACUUCAGUCCUUCUCUUCAUUGGAAUUCUCACAGCGCGUUAUGCUGAAAAGGAUUUCCUCAAGUCAUUACCACUCAGGUUGCUUUUCGGCCUCAUUGCACUGUUCUUCUCUGUGGUGUCCAUGAUAGUUGCCUUUUGUGCUUCACUUGCUAUGCUCUUAAAGGGACAUCAUGGUGUCAUAAUAACAGCAAUGUGUUUUGCAUGUGUUCCUGUUAUUGUUCUUGUACCUUCACAAAUGCGACUCUUCCUUGAGAUUUUCAAGUCUACAAUAUUAUUCGAUUGAAACCACUUACAUAUGCUAAUUUAAUCUCCAGAGUACUAUUGUUUGACUUGACUGUACUUAUUUAGUGUUUUGUUUACAUAAUUUCAGAACAAGCAUCUAGUAGUCGCAUCCAUGCAAGUGAAUAAUUUGGCAAAGAGAAUUGUAGAAAGGUUUCAAGUAUUAUGGCCAAGGAAUGUAGAAACCGAUAGAUUUUUUUGCAGAAAAUUACAAUUAGUGACAUUUUAUUUUUUGUUUUUUUGA